CGCUAAAUGACUCCACCACCCUUCAUGUUUCCUGUUCUCGAGACUCGAGCUGACGCUGCUCGCACCACACAGGACACGCGGGUUUCAUUCACACGUUUUCAUCCGGGUGAACUUUUUAAAAGCUUUUGUCCAAAUUAAAAUUGGAGGGCUGUCAUCAUGGUGAGCAUCCCAGAAUACUAUGCCGGAAAGAAUGUGCUGAUCACCGGUGCAACUGGCUUCAUGGGCAAGGUGCUCCUGGAGAAGCUGCUGAGGUCCUGCCCGCAGGUGCGCUCCGUCUACGUGAUGGUCCGGCCCAAAGCGGGCCAGUCUCCCCAGACCCGCAUCGCAGACGUCAUCAACUCCAAGUUGUUUGACAGGUUGCAGGAGGAGCAGCCAGAUUUUGCGGAGAAGAUCAUUGCAGUGAACAGCGACCUCACACAGAAGGACCUGAACCUCAGCAAAGAGGACCAGGCCACCCUGGCCGAACACAUCCACAUCGUCUUCCACUGGGCCGCCACUGUUCGCUUUAAUGAGCCUCUCAAGGAUGCAUUUCAACUGAAUGUCUUGGCCACCCAGAAGAUGGUGACGCUGGCCCACAGUAUGAAGCACCUGGAGGUGUUUCUCCACGUCUCCACAGCCUACGCCAACUGUGACCGGGAGCUCAUCGAGGAAGUGGUCUAUACCCCACCCGUCGACUACAGGAAGCUCAUUGAGAGCCUGGACUGGAUGGAUGAGAAGAUGGUGUCAGCGCUGACUCCCAAGCUGCUCGGGAAGCGCCCCAACACCUACACCUUCACCAAGGCCCUGGCUGAGCACCUGGUGCAGCAGGAGGCCGGGAGCCUGAACGUGGCCAUCGUCAGACCCUCCAUAGUGGGAGCCAGCUGGAAGGAGCCCUUCCCUGGGUGGAUUGAUAACUUUAAUGGACCCAGUGGAAUAUUCAUUGCUGCCGGUAAGGGCAUCCUGCGGACCAUGCGGGCCGCCAACGACGCGGUGGCGGACCUGGUGCCGGUGGACGUGGUCAUCAACACCACGCUGGCGGCCGCCUGGUACUCUGGAGCACAGAUGCACAACAGGCCCAAGAACAUCAUGGUGUACAACUGCACCACUGGGGGAAUUAACCCCUUCCGCUGGGGAGAAGUUGAGCACCAUGUAAUAUCCACGUUCAAGAGGAACCCGCUUGAGCAGGCUUUCAGACGUCCCAAUGUUAAUCUCACAACAAAUCACCUAAUCAAUCAGUAUUGGAUUGCCGUGAGCCACAAGGCUCCAGCUUUCCUCUAUGAUCUGUACCUCAGGUUGAUUGGACGAGAGCCAAGGAUGAUGAAGACGAUCAAUCGUCUGCACAAAGCCAUGAUGGUGUUGGAGUACUUCACCAGCAACUCCUGGGUCUGGAACACUGAGAACCUGAGUAUGCUCAUGGCUCGAAUGAGCCCAGAAGAUAAGAAGGUGUUUAACUUUGACGUGCGCCAGCUGAACUGGGCAGAGUACAUGGAGAGCUACUGCAUGGGCACCAAGAAGUACGUCCUCAACGAGGACCUGUCGGGACUCCCCGCUGCACGCAAACAUCUCAACAAGCUGAGGAACAUCCGCUAUGCCUUCAACACCAUCCUGGUGGUGCUCUUUUGGCGUGUCUUCAUCGCACGCUCCCAGAUGGCCAGGAACAUCUGGUACUUUGUGGUCAGCCUGUGCUUCAAGUUCCUCUCCUACUUCCGGGCUUCCUCCACCAUGAGAUACUGAAGAAGACGCAUGAGGUAGAUGGAAGAAAGGUUGGCACUUGGAGGCAUUGAGAGAAAAGAUGUCUAGGCAUGGGGCCCUUCCCUCUGAUCCGCCUACUUUUAUGUUUACCUGUUUACAUUAAAACCAGCUCAACACCAUGACCAUGCACAGACUGUGGGACUAGUCUCGAAAGUCCAAGGAAGCUCAAUGUUGCAUAUAGUUAAAAGUAUCUCUCCAGAAGUCUCUAUUUAUCCCAUUUCAUAUGGAUAAUGUUUCCCUGGUCCACCGGUCCUAGGCACAGUUCCAGCCUCAUGUGAUGGAAGAGCGGCACUUGGACUUUUCCUAAUGAAACACCAGGUCUACAUUAAUGCAUAAUGAGUUGAGAAUAUAUUUACUUUUUGGAUUUGUUAGGAAAGUUGCAUGGGUUUGGCUUUGGAUGAUCUCCCUCUCUUGUUUUCCAACUGUAACUCCUUGUUGAAUCAUUAACACAUUCUAGCUGUACCAGGGCAAACCCUUGUGUCCAGCGGUAAUGUCUUUAAAUGUUUUGAGUAUGCAAUGGCUGGCUUACAAAUGUUGACCAAGCACAAGGUGUUUUCUUUGAAACCUGUGCCUAUGGAAAAAUAUAUUAUACAUUUGAAGAGCUUUUCUUUUGUUAUUUUUUUCUGGUCUUUUUUAAAUCCAUCUCUGGUCAUCAAGUAUUUACCUCCCUAAGGUAAAAAAAAUAAAAGCUUAUGAGAUUGAUGGGAAGGAUGUUAGACCUUUGAGGCACUGUAAGUAUAAUUAUCAUGACUUGUAUUUUUCAUCAUUUUGAAACCAUACAUUUCUAAAGGCCUCUGGUUGGCUGAUAUCCUAUAUGAUAUCCAUUUUAAAUGCUCUAAUUGAAUACAUUUUCUUAAAGGUCCAAUUUCCCUUUUCCAGAUUUUUUUUCCUUGUAUUCUCACUUUAAAUCUACAAUUUCCUGUCCACUACUUGUACGAUUAUUUUACCUUUAGCAAUAAAGUAUAUUAAUCUGUACUAAGUCCAAACCUUCCCAGGGUUGUUUCAGACCUGGAAAUGUCUUUCAGGGUUUGCAUCAUGGUGGAAUCAAAUAAAACUCGCUCGUCUUUGAACACAGGCUGACCUGUGUAGCCUUAUGUACACCCCACAUCCUUCAUAAUCCCUGCAGUGGUGUGCUUUUUUUGUUGAAUUCCCCUCCCUUUCUCUUGUUACUCGUCAUUGUAUUCAGUGUUUAACAUGGGUUUACCUGGCAUUAAAGUGUACUUGGGCAAUAAAACCCUAAACUGAGAGGUUUUUCAUGUUCGAGUGGAUAACGGAACGACACUGGCCUUGACAUUUCUGCAGGAUGAGUGAUGGACAUACGGUUUAUAGGAUAAAAUUGCACUCCUGCGAAAAACUUGGCAUGACCUAUGCCUGAAGGUUCAAUUGUAAAUCAAUGUGAAAGAAAAGCAAACAUGUUUUCUACCACAAAAGGAUGUUAACAUGACUGCAAGGAUAUGAAUGUGACUGUCGAGUUGCUUGUCAGUAAACAGUUUGUGUACAAUUAAUGUUUUCCUGUAAAUGUAACCAAUUACGCAACAUGUUAUUUAAUACUUUUUUUUGCACAGUGGCAAGCUUCCCAAUACUCACUGCACGGAUCACUGUCUGUCAUUUUGUUUUAAGAAAUCUUUUCAAUCUCUGCAGCUUUGUCAACUAUAUCGACGCAACGUCUUGCAAGUGGGAUCAUUGGGCAGUUUUGGGGUUGUUCUGCCCGUUUAGUAUGCUCUGGUACGGUGUGGAGUCUCCUGUCUAAGGAUUAUUGGGAAAAAUGUAAUUCAGGGUUCCUUCAACAUUAAUAGUUGAUAACUGAGAAGGAUUUAUUGUGCCUUUGCACAUUCUGUUAUGUCAGGGUGUAGACGUUAGUGGAUCAUGGCCAUGUCUUGUGUUUUCACAAAUCACUUCCUGUUCGUUGCAGCUGCAUCAUUGCCAUGAUUAUGCAUUCAGGAAAUCUAAAGAAUCCAGACUUUUCAUUUGCCAUUAAAAACCCCAGCGCUUUUGUACUUUUAAAAUCGAUUACUGAUGGGAAGGUUUUCCCUUUUUCUUUUCUCAAAAUUUGUUUUUAUGCUGAUUAUAUAUAUUUUUGACUUAUGGGUUCACAUUUAGUAUGUUUUUUUUUUUUUUUUAACUGCCAAGUCAUUUUUGUCUCCUGCGUGUUAAACAUUGUGCUUGUUGCUAACCCACACAAAUUCUAUCCAUUGAUUUUGUUCUACUCUUUUAGGCUUUCUUGUCUUAUCUCCAAGAUCCCCUGCGCUCGAUCAAUUAAGCUUGAAGUGAGCCGGAAGGUUUGGACGAGUACCCCUUUACCAUAUUGUUUAUAUUUUUUUGCCUUCUGUUCUUGGUGUCCACCUCUCCAUAAUAUUUCAUUACCAUACACAGUCACGUUAUUUGAGGUGCAGCUCACAAAUGACAGCCAUUGUGUGUAUGUGUGUGUGUGUGUGUGUGUGUGUGUGUGUGUGUGUGUUUUCAUUGGGACUUAAACAAGUUCUUGCAUUGUCAAUGGUAACCUCUUAAAAACAAAUGAAUCAAUGGGUGCCUUGUUUGUAAAUUUAAAAAGAAUAAAGUUAACUAUAUUUAA